CCCGUCGUAUCUUCUCGCUGUCCUCUCGCGCAGGUGAAUGGCUGCGGGAUGGAGAGCGAGGGGAGCGGCGGGAGCGGGGGCUCGGCCGGGCUCCUGCAGCAGAUCCUGAGCCUGAAGCUGGUGCCGCGGGUGGGCAACGGAACGCUGUGCCCCAACUCCACCUCCCUCUGCGCCUUUCCAGAAAUGUGGUAUGGUGUGUUCCUGUGGGCACUGGUGUCUUCUCUCUCCUUCCAUGUCCCUGCUGGAUUAUUGGCCCUGUUCACCCUCAGGCAUCACAAAUAUGGUAGGUUCAUGUCUGUAAGCAUCCUGUUGAUGGGCAUCGUGGGACCAAUUACUGCUGGAAUCUUGACAAGUGCAGCCAUCGCUGGAGUGUACCGAGCUGCAGGCAAAGAAAUGAUCCCUUUUGAAGCCCUCACCCUCGGUGUUGGCCAGACAUUUUGUGUAGUAGUGGUUUCCUUUUUACGAAUUUUAGCAACUCUAUAGCAUCUGCUUACAGACUAUGAUAGAGUGAUAGAUCAUGAAGAGAAGAUUUCAGAGUAUUUAUUGAGGAAGGGCAUUGCUAAAAGGGGUAAUUUAUUUAAAGUUUUUCAAAUGGAAACAGCUUGAACAAGAAUGUGUGAAGGCCUGCUGUCUUGAUCCCUUCUUCAAUUUGAAGACAGAGCUCCAUGAGCCAAAGACCUUUUUGGUGAUUUCCAGAUUUCUUAUUAAAAAAAAUCGUAGGGUUCAUAAGCUUUGUUCUUCAAAGAAAUGUCACCGUUUGAGCUCUUUUGUAAUUGUACACAAACCUGCACAGCAGUGCAUUUGGGU